UUUAACUUUUCUCCAGUCGACUUUAAACUUUCACCGAGGCUUGGCCGUGCGUUUACAUUUACACCAAGUGUUUGUCCCAUCUUCCAGAGAAUAUAUUCAUCUUCUUCCUGCAAUUUACAUAUUGCCAUCGGCAAAUCUAUUCAAUUAAAUUCUUUUAAAAUUAAAAAUCCUAAAUUUUACAUAAAAUCAGUGAGCAAACGUCAAUUAUUAUCUCGAGUGAAAAUCCUUCGUGCAACUUAAAAUUCCAGCCGAAUGCUGUGAAAAAAAGGGUGGAAACCCAGUGAAGCAAAAGUGUGAACGUGAACGUGAAGUCGACAAAAUAAAAGUGCGAAAAUGCACAAACAAAUUUUGUGUUGAAGAAAAAAAAAGAAAAAUAAAACUCCCACAAAGCAGAAAAGGAAGGAUGAGAAAAUAAUAAUAAUUUGGAUAUAAUUUUAUUCCCAAUUUUGUGUGCUGGUGCUGCUGCUGCUGCCGUGGUGCGUCGUCGUCGUGUUGUUUUAUUCACAAACAAAAAAGGAUAAAUAUUCCCUUUUCCGCUUCUUACCUAAAUCAGAAAAAAGUGAAUUGAAAUACCUAAUUGAAGAAAGAUAAAGAUUUUUUUUUUUGUUGAUGGUUUAUUCAUCUUCGGCGGCGGUCGGUCUUUGUCUUUGGAAUCAAUUUUUUGCGAAUUAGAUUUUCCGGGACUCGAAUAAUUGUGAAUCGGCAGAGGCAGAAGGAGCAGAGAAAUUCGCAACAAAAUGUCGACGCGGUCUCAGUUGACAAAGGAUUUGAACGAAAGCGUCAAAUCCAUUUUGGGACGACACACAAAAAUUUUAGUAAAAUACAUGGUAAAAUUGGAAACAAAAGGAGAUAAAACAGAAAACCGUGUUUUGGUUUUUACACCAGUUCGUAUAUAUUUGCUUAUUGCCAAAGUCCCCACAAAGAUCGAAAGUCAUUUCCAUUAUUUGGAUAUUCAUUCUGUGGAGAGUAAAAAACCCUCACAUUUUUGCAUCAUCACAAAUGAUAGAACCUAUUCAUUUGCAACAACCGGCGAUGCGGGAAAUUUCAGUUCGAAUGCCGAUGUUAUCCUCACAGAUCUGGCCUCAGCGAUAAAACAAAUUUUUCCAACAGUUCCUCUCAAAUAUAUAAUCAGAAGGAUCGAUAUUCAUCCGCCAGAACGAGAAUCAAUUUUCUCCGAAGAACUCAGACCAUCUGACCCGCGUAAUGUUGGACCAUGCGGUGGUUUUAGUACCCAAUAUGCCUGCAUGUGUGAUUUUCAUGGAGUGCCAUAUCGAGAAGAAGUCGCUUGGGACAUUGACACCAUUUACCUAUCCCAUGACACUAGGAUACUGAAUUUAAGAGAUUUUGAUCAUUUGGAACCAAAAGAUCUAAUGGCGAUAGUAUCAGCUUUGGAAUAUAACACGUUUUUUCGUGGUCUAAAAGCUUCCCAUAUGAGAUUAUCACAUGAAACACUUGAAAGAAUAUUACAUGUGCUCAAAAGGUCAAUGUGGCUGGAGGAGUUACAUUUGGAGGCAUUAGGAUUAAGGUCGGAUUUUCUUCAUAAAUUAGCUGUAUCUGUGAUUACAAAUAACAAUCCUGCGAUUCGUACUAUCGAUUUGAGUCAUAAUUUAAUCGAGGAUAAAGGCGCAAUACAUCUUGCGGGCCCAAUAGCUAAAGUAUCAAAAGGUCUGUGUAAAUUGGCUCUGGCACACUGUGGUCUAACAUCGAAAGGCGUUAAUCAAAUGUCACAUUCACUGUCACUCAAUCAAAGUAUUUCAAAUUCGUUAACGUAUUUAGAUUUAAGCGGAAACAGCCUAAAAGAUGAUAUAACCAACUUACAUAAUUUUCUGGCCCAACCAAACGUUCUAGAGCAUUUGGACCUCUCAUCGACUGAUAUUACUUUAGAGAAUUUAUUUGGUGCCCUUUUACGUGGUUGUGCAACACAUUUAAGCAAUUUAAACGUCUCACACAAUUCGUUUAGUACAAAGAAAGGAAAAGAAAUUCCACCAUCGUUUAAACAAUUUUUUACAAGUACAUUAAGUUUGAAACAUUUGAAUAUUGCCGGAUGUAAAUUGCCAAUGGAAGCAUUAAAAAAUUUACUUCUUGGUCUUGCAUGCAACGAGUCAACAGCUGGGCUGUACUUAGAUUUAAGUAGCAAUUCAUUAGGUGCCCAGGGUGCUCAUGUAUUAGAAUCAUGUAUCCAUGGUGUUCGUGUUUUACAAAGUUUAGACAUAAGUGACAAUAAUUUGGAUGCCGAAUUAGCAUCAGUAUUAACUGCUGUAUCAAAGAAUCCUUCAAUUCGAACCUUACACAUGACACGUAGUCUUACCGGUAUGAAGCCUAAACACAUUCCAACUGUAAUGGAUGCACUGGUAAAUCUUAUCCAAAAAGAUGAUUUUCCCUUAGCUGAAUUAGUUUUGUCGGAAAACAAGCUCAAAAAUGAUAUUCAUGAUUUUAUAAAUGCCUUAGGAAGUAAUCAGAGUUUACAGAAAUUAGAUAUAAGUGGAAAUUACAUGGGUGACGUGGGAGCUCGGCUAUUGGCCAAGGCACUGCAAAUCAACAAUAAGCUACGAACAAUUUACAUGGAUAAGAACAAUAUAACCCUCCAAGGCUAUGGAGAUAUAGUUUAUGCUCUUGAGAAUAACCACUCGAUGAGGACGAUACCAUUUCCGGUAUUUGAUAUAGCGCCACAUCUAAAAAAUCAUCCCGAAAAAACCGAUGGUAUAAUGAGGAAAAUGCAAGAGCUUUUACUUCGCAAUUGCAAUGGUCUUAAACGACAAAAUGGUCAAGGAUUCCGAUUGCAACAUGGUUUCAUGUUGUCAUCCACACAUCAACUGGUCGAUAAAUUAAUAGCCGAAACUCAAGACACAUUGUCAAUAGCUCCGGGUAGUGAGUGUUGUGCUGUGCAACGUCUUAUUGAUGAUGCAGAAAAUUGUAAACAACUUAUGCCGAAACUUCAAGAAGCUGUGCGUUGUGAAUCGCAUCCUGUUGAGGUUAAGCUAACAAGAAUUGCAAGUGAUUUAAGUUAUACGAUUCAAAGUCAUUUGGAAGAAACUAUGGAAACUAUGAUUCGAACUGGGAUUGAACAGUGUCCGAAAACUUUUGGCUGCCAGAAUGUUAUUAUUGAUUUGAGAAAGGCAUUGUGCGAGAAGCUAGUCAUUCCGGAUGAUUUUUUGCAAACGUGUUUGCUAAAUAAUGCUGGAAGUGAAAUCAUGAAUAAAGUGACUGAAGUUGAACAAAUCCUUGCGGCUACAAUCUCAGAUCGAGCUACAGAUGAAGUUGUGGAAGCAUUGUCACGUAAUCGUCGAGGACUGGGCAUCUCAGACUCGCCGUCGGUGCAAUUGGACGAAGCCCAGACGCCGGAUAUAGUACGCAGUCAAUCUAGUCAUGAUUCCAAUGGUCUUAUCAUAAUAAGAUCAAGCAGAGGAAGUGUUCUGCCAAAGCUUGGAUUAGAUUCACCAACUAAAUUGGAAUAUCUAAACCUUGCCACUCCACACCUGCCAACCAAACGUCGAUCGGUCGCACGAAAGGUACGUCCACAGUCAGUGGUGGAAAACCUUAGCCUGGGCCAUAUUCCAGAUUUACUGGAAUCGCCAUCAUCACAUCGAAGCUCAUCGAAUAUGUCAUCGCACGAUCAACGUGGUGACGACGAAUGCUGUGAUUCGAUUACAGAGCUGCCAAGUGUUUCACUUCAGUUGCAGCAUUUGGUGAAGGGUCGACCAAAGAGGGCUAAGACUAGAGCACCUUCGAGGCCAUUGGUAGCCGAUACGAGCACUCGUGAGAUAAUCGAGGGCUUAGAUCAAUUCUUCAGACCAGGAUCAGUAACUCCAACAACACUAACUCCACUCGUAUCGCCAACAUCCGAGGAAUGCAGCUCGUUAAGUUUUGCCGAUAGCCCAACGAUGAGCAGAGACGACAACGGACGAAUGACUUCGGAGGAGACUACUCCUAUCCUUGAGGAGCGUAAGCCAAUCAAAUUAGAUCGAAGCUCACCACUUUUGAGAGGUGUUGCCUGGGCAAGUCGUUCAAGAUCCACAGACAAUUUGGAGAAAUACUCUCCUCUAGUUGGCCGGAAGUCACCAUUGGUGAAAAUGCGUACUGAAGGUGGCAACGACGAUCGUUUGGAUCGUCUACACAUGCCAUAUCGUGACGAUCGAAUGCGAUCCCCAAGCAGUGAGUCAAUAAAGAGCCAUACCGGCGGAGAUAGUGUAAUUGUGAAGACCGGCAAUGGAAUUCUAAGAACACCAAUUGUCCUACAAAAACCACGUCCAUGGUCUGUAGUAGGAAAUGAGCCAAAGUCAGGAGAUUUCUCAACGGAUUCUAGUAAAACAACACCAGAACAAUUAGAAGAUGAUUGCGAUGUAGUGCCAUUUGGACAACAGACAGGAGGUUCAAUUGUUGGUAUUAGUCCAGGAAUCGCCUUGGCUUCAAGCGGUGGCGGUGGUAGUAUUGUAGGAAUAACUCCAGGAGCAGCAUUGGAAAAGAAAUCAGUUCGAGAAUUAGCAGCAGGACUCAGUCGAAUAGAUUUGCCUAUGAAACCACCACCAAUUGGUCCCAGACCAACUUCAAUGUUAAACAGCAUCAAUAAUACAUCACGCACAAUUAUAACCAGCAAUAACUCGACAACAACAACAACAUCGAGCAUUACAAGUGGAACAAUUGAAAAUAUCACCAAAACGAUAAUCACCACUGAAAAUGGUGAAUCCAUCGAUAACUUUUUAAAUGGCAGUGAAAAGAAAACCGAAACUAUUGUGAAAAGGAUUGCUGGCAAGGAAAUAACAUCGAUAUUCGAGGAGACAUUAGUUGAAGGUCUACAGAGGUCUUCAGUCCGUCGAACUUUUAGAGAUGCACAAUAUACAAAAGAUGAUGUUGUUGAUGUAUAGAACAAAAAAGAAAAAAAUAUUUUAUUUUUAUUUAAUUAUAUUCUAUUAAAAAAAAAUGUAUUAAAGCAAAAAAAAAUUAAAUAUUUUAUUAGUGCAAUUCUUCAUUUUAACUCUCAAGGCUUACUUUAAAUUAAUUUCGUUUUAAUUACUCGUAAAAUCAAAUCGAAAAAAGGAAAAUAUUAAUUAAAUCAUUUUGUUUAUAUUCAAUCUACAACAGAGUUAUAACAAAAUUAUAUCCAUUUUUAGUGCCAACGUUUUAUUGUAUUGUAGUAUAAUAUAUUAUUAUUUAAUUUUUAAUGUUUUUUUUAUUACUUCAGUUUUUAACCAUUUUUGUAUAUUUUUUAUUAUAUAACUACACCCUCUCUUGUAAAAAAAAAACAACUUCUAUAUAUGUUCUAUAUUUAAUCAGUGGUUGAUAUAAGAAUUUAGCUAACGGAGGAUAGUUAAAUAUACAUAUUUUUAAUAAACUUUUUUUAUGAAUACUUUUUUAUUUAUUUUCUUUGUUCGAUGUAUACUAACUUAACAAGAUCAAAAUUACCUAUGAAAUUGAUUGUGGCUUAAAAAAUACUGCCAUAGACCAUACUGAAUGUGUAAUUUGAGUUUUCGAGUCGUGAAAUAAAUGUGUGUGCAUAUUUGUCCUUAAAAUUAAACAAACAAAUAAUUUUCCAUCGAAUUUUAUGGUCCUUUGGAUUUGUUUUUGUGUAAAUUAAAAAAUAACGAUGGCAAUUAAAUGAGACUCGAUCUUCUUAACGUGCAAUUUUGUUUAGCCUUUUAUAGAAAAAAAAAAUACUAAAUGUUGUCGACUGCACACUUAAAAAUUAUUAAAUAAGAAAAUACCAAAAUCUAACAAUACUAAAUGUUCUUAAAAUCAAAAGCAAACAAAAAUUAUAUAAAUCUGGGGCUGACUGUCAUAGUAUUAGAAGACAUUUUAACGGUGAUAAACCCACCACUAUUCGUUUGAGAAAUUUAUUUUUCCACCAAAAACAAAAAC